AUGGACAAAAUUGCUGGCGCAGCUCGCAAUAGAACAGGCAAGCGCUCAUAUCGUCAACGGACAACAGCAGCACAGCCGUUUGCAGGCAGCUGCUCACGCCGUCGCGCCGAUCCAGCGGCCCAAUCAAGCCAGCGCUGGCAUCAGCAAGCACAGCUCACGGCAGCGCCCCGAAUCAAAGCCAUGCUCCGCAGCCUCGCCCUCCUGCUGCGACGGCCAGCGACGCGGCCACAAAUACGAACCGCCACGAAGAAGGCUGGCGGAUCAUCGAAGAACGGCCGCACGAGCCCCGGCCAGCGCCUCGGCGUGAAGCGCUUCGGCGGCCAGAAAGUAAACGCGGGCGAGAUUUUGGUGAGGCAGCGCGGUACGCGCUACGUGGCGGGCGACCAGGUCGGGCGCGGCCGCGACGACACGCUCUACGCGCUCGCGGCGGGCGUCGUCGAGUUCGCCAAACAGGGCAAGCGCGUCGGCGCGGCCGGGAAGUGGAUUAGGAGGCAGCACGUGUCCGUAAGGUGA